AUGCUACAAGCUUUACUAGCAGUCAACCCCUUCCCCUUAAAGCCAUCCAUGAACAAGAACAAGGAGACAGCAAGUGACCCUCUCACUCCCCAGGAAAACAAAUACUUCAGGAAUGCCCCGCCCCCUACAGCCCGGGCCGCCCCAGUGAGCUCAGGUGUCACCUUGUCCGUGCCCAAGAUCACAUGGCAAGGGAGCCGGAGGCGGCUGACCCUCAUUGGCAGCAUCGUCGUGCUCAUCGGCCUGGUCCUGGCCCUCAUCCUCCUGUUCCACUUCUGGAGGGGCCAAACGGGGAUCCACUACCACGAGCCGGUCGAGAGCUGCAGCAAGAGUGCCCGGCGCUGCGACGGGGUGGUGGACUGCAAGCUCGGGAGUGAUGAGCUGGGCUGUGUGAGGUUUGACUGGGACCAGUCCCUGCUCAAGGUCUAUUCCGGGACUCAGCAGCAGUGGCUUCCCGUCUGCAGCGAUGGCUGGAACAGUACUUAUUCCACCAAGACAUGCCAGCAGCUGGGGUUUCAGAGUGCCUUCCACACGGACGAGGUCAUCAGGAAAGGGUUAGGGGAGAGUUUCUCGGUCUCAGAAUUCCGCGGCUCCAUCCAGGCAAGCAUCAACAGGUCUGACUGCCCCUCCCAACGUUUCGUCUCUCUCCGUUGCACAAACUGUGGUAUGCGGGCCAUCACGGGUCGAAUCGUCGGGGGGGCCCUGGCCCCCGAGAACAAGUGGCCCUGGCAGGUCAGCCUCCACUACGGUCCCACGCACAUCUGCGGCGGCACCCUCAUUGACUCCCAGUGGGUGCUGACCGCAGCUCACUGCUUCUUCGUGACCCGGGAGAAGAUCCUCGAGGGCUGGAAGGUGUACGCGGGCACCAACAACCUGCUGCAGCUGCCGGAAGCCGCCAGCGUCUCCCAGAUCAUCAUCAACAGCAACUACUCUGAUGAGCAUGACGACUAUGACAUCGCCCUGAUGAGACUGACCAAGCCCCUACCCCUAUCGGCCCAGGUGCAUCCUGCCUGCUUGCCCAUGCACGGCCAGACCUUAAGCCGCAACGAGACCUGCUGGAUCACCGGUUUCGGCAAGACCAAGGAGACAGAUGAGAAGACAUCACCAUACCUGCGAGAAGUGCAGGUGGGGCUCAUCGCCUUCCACCAAUGCAACGACUACUCCGUGUACGACGGCUACCUGACGCCCCGCAUGAUGUGUGCCGGCGACCUCCGCGGAGGGAGAGACUCAUGUCAGGGCGACAGCGGAGGACCCCUGGUGUGUGAGGCCAACAACCACUGGUACCUCACGGGUGUCACCAGCUGGGGCACUGGCUGCGGGCAGAAGAACAAGCCUGGCGUCUACACCAAGGUGACCGAGGUGCUGGACUGGAUAUACAGCAAAAUGGAGAAGGAAGCGAGGUCCGGGAAGGUCUGAGCGGAGGCCCUGUGUGCCACCUACAGCCCCGAAUGAGAAGACUUCUGGAGGUGAAGCUACCAGCUUGUUUGCAGGGUUUCCUGGGGAAUGGGGAUGGGGGGCAGAGAUGUCAGGAGACCACCAGCUGCUUCUCUGAAGUGUCCUUGCUCACCCCCCCCCCCCGACCCCUGUAUGUGCUCACACCUGUGUGUGUGCCCAUAUGCCUCAUCAGAGUCAGGACAGCAUUCAGACUGGGACCCUGCUGGUCCUGGGGACGGGACCCCGUGUUGCUCACACACUCCACCACACCCCCAGGACCCUUGCCAAAGCCAGCAGGUGGAGCAGAGGACAUUGCCCUCCCUUCACUGGACCAGACCCACCCUGGGGCUCAGCUCUGAGGCGAGUGGGCAAGAGGGACUAUUCCCAUUUCGCUAACUGGCUGAGCACAGCCGAAAUAUCCUUCCCCUCCUAGGCCCUUCCUCGUAGUCUCAACAGCUGAUGUCUCAGACAUUGCCAGCCCCACACCUCCAUCCCAGCUGCCCAACUCCCGCUGCCCAGCCCCAGGCCAUGAGGAAUUUUUGUUCAGUACUCAGGGAGGAUGGUCUAGCGAUUGCACUGGCCCAGGCAACCUGGGGAACCCCAGGCCCUAGUAAUGAGACCCGAUCCAGCCAUGGGAUGUAGGGUCUCCAGGCCCCCAACUCCGCGCUGCAGAUUACCCCCCACCCCUGGUUCCCCGCCAGACCUCCAGUAGGGAGGUCUGUUCUAGGGCCAAGCCAGGAGAUGACAGAAGAGAUGAGCCCUGCUGGACCCCGAUGCCUUGUCCCCUCACCAUCUGGAGGAACUCCUAGUCUGACCGGUGUCCAGAUGGUAACGACCCUUGAACCCAGGAUGGGGUCCGACACAGCUCCGGAGAGUCAGCCCCCCAGAAGGGCACUUGCAAGUCCAGCUGGGAUCUGGUUGUCCUGGAUCUGUUCAUCUGGAGAAUCGGCACCGGGCACCAAGAGCCCCAUCCCCAGCGCCGCUGGCGGCCACCUCAGACCCUCUUGGCCAGGCGAUGUGCCUUGCAGACUCGUGGUCAGGGCGGACAGUGCCAGUGGGAGUUUGACAAUGACUCUGCUUUGAUGGUGCCAUUUCAGCAAGCCCGGCACUCUGCCCCCACUGCCCCUUGUCCCCACCCUGCCAGACCCUCCCGCAAGACAGGGGACGCCCUCUGCGCUUGGGGCCCUGGAGAGCCGUGACUGCAGGGCUGGCCCUUGCCCAAAGACUCUGAGGCCCCGGUGGAGAUGAAUGAACAGUAUCUGGUGCCCCCAACCCCGCCCUGCCACCCUGGAGGCCCCUCUCUCCAACUCUCAUUUGACCUUUCGGCCCCAGAGUGUGGCAUCCUAUCAAUGAUAAGUAGCUUUGUCCUCAUUGCUUUGCCCUUGGCUCAUGUUACCUUGGCAGUGCCACGGAGAUCCCCCCUCCAUGCUCAUUCUGUUCCCACUGCCUCAGCUAUUGGCCUGGAGCCACGCCUCUUCCUCCUUCCCCCUGACCCACCAUCCCCACCUUCCCCUGGACCACUGAGCCAGCCCCAUCCCCACAGCCCAUCCCACUGGCCCUGUCCCAAAGACUUCUCCCGAUCCAGAGCCUGGGAGAGAAAGCUGGGCAGCAGGAACCUGUUGCUUUCCUCAAGAGGAGGGUCUUCUCUAACAAGCCCCUCCCUGGGGCUCUGAACUUGGCAAAGUGGCGGAAGGGACGGGGAGAGGAGAGGAACUGUGGGGGACCAUUUCAUGUUUCAGCAUUUCCUCAGCAAUCUGCCACAUCUCUCUUGCCGGGCAGUGAUUGCAUCCUCUGGAUGUGCAUCCUGCAUAUCCAACUUCAAUCAAUCAAUCAUUCAGUGGUAUUUAUUUGAGCACUUACUAUGUGCAGAGAACGUACUAAGCCCUUGUGGAGUAUACUAUAAGAGAAUGAGAAGACAUGUUCCCUGCCUAUAAUGAGUUUACAGUCUUCCCCGGAUGAAUAAACGUGAUUGGCCAUCUGAA